AUGUCCAACCAACGUCCUUCGGCUUUCAGCAGCCUCAGAAUGGGUGAGGUGAUUCGCGAGAAAGUGCAGGACGGCCUCACGGGCGAGACCAAAGAGAUGCAGUAUACUCAGUGCAAGAUUGUGGGCAACGGCAGCUUCGGUGUAGUCUUCCAAACCAAGCUCUCACCCUCGGGCGAAGAUGCAGCCAUCAAGCGCGUGCUGCAGGACAAGCGCUUCAAGAACAGAGAGCUGCAGAUCAUGCGCAUUGUCCGUCAUCCGAACAUCGUCGAACUCAAGGCGUUCUACUACUCCAAUGGAGACAGGGUCCGAGAAACCGAUCACAAAAUGGGAGUGCAAACAGCUCUAAUGGCCGUGCAGAAAGAUGAAGUCUACCUCAACCUCGUACUCGAGUACGUUCCCGAGACCGUCUACCGGGCAUCGAGGCACUUCAACAAGCUCAAGACGACCAUGCCAAUUCUCGAGGUGAAGCUCUACAUCUACCAGCUCUUCCGCUCACUCGCCUACAUUCACUCCCAGGGCAUCUGCCACCGCGACAUCAAGCCACAGAACCUUCUCCUGGACCCGGCCUCCGGCAUCCUCAAGCUCUGCGAUUUCGGUAGCGCGAAGAUCCUGGUUGAGAACGAGCCUAACGUGUCCUACAUCUGCUCUAGGUACUACCGUGCACCAGAGCUCAUCUUCGGUGCUACUAACUAUACCACCAAGAUCGAUGUCUGGUCCACUGGUUGCGUCAUGGCAGAGCUCAUGCUCGGUCAGCCGCUCUUCCCAGGAGAGUCUGGCAUCGACCAGCUGGUGGAGAUAAUCAAGGUGCUUGGUACUCCGACUCGCGACCAGAUUCGCACUAUGAAUCCGAACUACAUGGAGCAUAAGUUUCCACAGAUCAAGCCGCAUCCAUUCAGCAAGGUGUUCCGUAAGGCCGACCCAAAUGCGAUCGACUUGAUUUCGAAGCUGCUCGAGUACACGCCGACACAGCGCCUGUCGGCAAUUGACGCCAUGGUGCAUCCAUUCUUCGACGAGCUCAGGGAUCCAGCCACGAAGCUGCCGGACUCGCGCCACUCCAACGGAGCGAACAAGGAUUUGCCAAAUCUCUUCGACUUUUCUCACCAUGAAUUGUCAAUUCGCCCUGACCUGAACGAGAAGCUCGUACCGGCCCACAUGAAGUCGACUCUGGCCGCCAAGGGCUUAGAUAUCGACAAUCUGACACCUCUCACCAAGGAUCAGAUGAUAGCUCGUCUGGAUUGA